GUAUUCACAUAUUCUUGUUGCGAUCGCAAUUAUACCAAAGAAGAAGAAAAGGCUAGCGAACCAAAAGCAACAGAACCAACAUGGCAGAAGAGGAGGUGGCCAAGCUGCAGAAGCACCUAGCCCUGCUGAGGCAGGAGUAUGUGAAGAUGCAGCAGAAGCUGGCUGACACAGAGAGGCGCUGUGCCAUGCUUGCUGCUCAGGCCUCUGUCCAGGGCUCCACCAAGGCCUCCGUAGCCGGGUCAGAAGACACCUUCAUCAGCCGCCUGCUGGAGAUCGUGGCCGAGCUCUACCAGCAGGACCAGUACAGUGAUCUGAAGGUGAUGGUUGGAGAGACGACGCUCAACGCUCACAAGUUUGUCCUGGCUGCUCGCAGUGAUACCUGGAGCCUGACUAACCUGGCCUCAACCUCCAAACUGGACCUGUCUGAUGCCAAGCCGGAGGUUGCCAUGGCGAUGUUGCGCUGGGCCUACACAGACGAUCUGGAGCUCAGUGAGAACGAUGCCUUCCUCAUCGACCUGAUGAAGCUGGCCAACCGCUUCCAACUGCAGCUGCUUCGUGAGAGGUGUGAGAAAGGGGUGAUGUCAUCUGUGAAUGUGAGGAACUGUAUCCGGUUCUACCAGACUGCUGAGGAGCUGGAUGCCACAACACUCAUGAACUACUGUGGAGAGAUUAUCGCCAGCCACUGGGAUGACCUAAGGAAAGAGGACUUCAGCACUAUGAGUGCUCCGCUGCUCUUCAAGAUGAUCAAGUCUAAAACAGAUUUCCCUCUUCACAAAGCCAUCAAAGUUGAGAGGGAAGACGUGGUCUUCCUCUACCUCAUUGAGAUGGACUCGCAGUUGCCUGGGAAGCUGAAUGAACUGGACAACAAUGGUGACUUGGCCCUGGACCUGGCUCUGUCUCGUAAACUGGAGAGUAUCGCCACCACGCUGGUCAACAACAAAGCAGAUGUGGACAUGGUGGACCAGAGUGGCUGGAACCUCCUUCACAAAGCCAUCCAAAGAGGUGAUGAAUUUGCCUCCACCUUCCUGAUCCGCCACUUGGCCCAGGUGAACGCAGCCACGGUCGGGGCCGUAGAAACCCCCCUGCACCUGGUGUGUUCCUUUAGCCCCAAGAAGCACUCUGGGGAGGUGAUGAGUGGCAUGGCCCGCAUCGCAGAGGCCCUGCUCAAGACAGGGGCCAACCCCAACAUGCAGAACAGCAAGGGAAGAACUCCCCUACAUGAAGCGGUGGUCGGGAAUGAGCCUGUGUUCAACCAGCUCCUACAGUGUAAACAGCUGGACCUGGAGCUGAAGGACCAUGAGGGGAGCACAGCUCUGUGGCUGGCCCUGCAGUACAUCACCGUGUCCUCUGACGCCAACGUUAACCCCUUUGAGGACGAUGCUCCGGUGGUGGAGAAUGGAACACUGUUUGAUGAAAACAGCUUUGCAGCCCAGCUCAUCCAGAGAGGCAGUAACCCAGAUGCACCAGACACAACCACAGAGAACUGUCUCAUGCAGAGGGCAACGGGUGUAGGCAGUGAGGCUGCUGCCCUCUUCCUGGCCACACAUGGGGCAAAGGUCAACCAUGCCAACAAAUGGGGUGAGACCCCUCUCCACACGGCGUGUCGCUGUGGUUUGGCUGGCCUGACAGCAGAGCUUCUCCAUCAGGGGGCUAACCCUAACCUGCAGACGCAGAAGGCCCUCCCCGACGAGGCCCUGGCCCAGGGGGUGUCCCUGCAGAGCCCGCUCCACAUGGCCAUCGUACACAACCACCCCGACGUGGUGUCAGUCAUCUUGGAGCAGAAAGCCAAUGCUCUUCACGCCACCAACAACCUGCAGAUCAUCCCAGACUUCAGCCUCAAAGACUCCAUGGACCAGACAGUGUUGGGCCUAGCCCUUUGGACAGGUAUGCACACCAUAGCAGCCCAACUUCUGGGCUCUGGGGCGUCCAUCAACGACACCAUGUCCAACGGUCAGACCCUGCUGCACAUGGCCAUCCGCAGACAGGACAGCAAGAGUGCCCUGUUCCUCCUGGAGCACCAGGCUGACAUCAAUGUCAAAACCCAGGAGGGUGAGACGGCGCUGCAGCUGGCCAUCAGUAACCAACUCCCCCUGGUGGUGGAUGCCAUCUGCACACGGGGGGCCGACAUGUCCGUGGUGGACGAGAGGGGACACCCCCCUCUGUGGCUGGCCCUGGAGAACGGUCUCGAGGACAUCGCGUCCACACUGGUCCGACACGGUUGUGAUGCCACCAGUUGGAGUUCUGGUCCCUCAGGCUGUCAGCAGACCCUCCUCCACAGGGCUGUGGAUGAGAACAACGAGGUCACCGCCUGCUUCCUCAUCCGCAGUGGUUGUGACGUAAACAGCCCACGGCGUCCAGGUCUUAAUGGAGAGGGGGAUGAGGAGGCCAGGGACGGACAGUCACCCCUCCAUCUGGCAGGCAGCUGGGGGCUGGAGGAGGUGGUGCAGUGCCUUCUGGAGUUUGGGGCAAAUGUCAACACACAGGACGCAGAGGGCCGAGCGCCUAUCCACAUUGCCAUUAGCAACCAGCACAAUGUCAUCAUCCAGCAGCUCAUAUCCCACCCGGACAUACGUCUGAACGCGCGUGAUCGCCUGGGCAUGACCCCCUUUGCCUGCGCCAUGACACACAAAAACAACAAGGCUGCAGAGUCCAUCCUCAAGAGAGAGCCCGGGGCUGCCGAACAGGUGGACAACAAAGGGCGUAACUUCCUGCAUGUGGCGGUGCAGAACUCUGACAUCGAGAGUGUUCUGUUCCUGAUCAGUGUCCAGGCCAACGUGAACUCCCGGGUGCAGGACGCUGCCAAGCAGACUCCUCUACACCUGGCUGUUCAGGCUGGCUCGGAGAUCAUCGUCCGCAACCUACUGCUGGCAGGGGCCAAAGUGAAUGAGCUGACCAAACACAGACAGACAGCUCUACACCUGGCAGCCCAGCAGGACCUGGCUACUGUCUGCUCUGUGCUGCUGGAGAAUGGAGUGGACUUUACCGCUCUGGAUGAGAAUGGCAACAAUGCCCUGCACCUGGCCGUAAUGCAGGGUCGCCUUAAUAACGUGCGUGCCCUUCUCACAGAGUCCAACAUUGACGCAGAGGCCUUCAAUCUCAGGGGGCAGUCACCGAUGCACGUUCUGGGGCAAUAUGGGAAAGAGAAUGCGGCGGCCAUCUUUGAACUGUUCUUGGAAUGUAUGCCUGAGUACCCUCUGGACAAACCGGACAAUGAAGGGAACACAGUUCUGUUGCUGGCCUACAUGAAGGGCAAUGCUAACCUCUGUCGUGCCAUUGUGAGGUCUGGAGCUCGUAUGGGCCUCAACAACAACCAGGGAAUCAACAUCUUCAACUACCAAGUAGCCACCAAGCAGCUGCUCUUCCGCCUUCUAGAUAUGUUGUCCAAAGAGCCCCCGUGGUGUGAUGGCUCAAACUGUUAUGAAUGUGCUGCCAAGUUUGGAGUCACCACAAGAAAACAUCACUGCCGUCACUGCGGCCGCUUGCUCUGCCACAAGUGUUCCAUAAAGGAAAUCCCCAUCAUUAAGUUUGACCUGAACAAGCCUGUGAGGGUCUGUGACAUCUGCUUCGACGUGCUGACUCUGGGUGGGGUGUCCUAACAUCACCGGACAGCAUGCCCUCCAUCCAUCUGAACCUCCCUCCCUUCAUCUUCCCGUUACGGGGUGCCAGCCGUGCCUGGCUCACCACCCUCGCACUGUGGGCUGGGCAACACCAGGCAAGGUGGCGGCGCGGCAGUAGGAGCCAGGUCUAACUUCCUGGAAAGUUAUUGGACAGAGUAUCGGAUGGACCACAACCUCUGUACUAGUCAUUCCAGUCUAUACAAAUAUGUUAAAGUUCUAGCAGGACUUAUGAAGUAGAAUUUAUAAAACAUGUUUUUUUGAUCAAAGUCAUCAUGAUGUGAAAUUGGAUUAAAUGAAAUGCUUGCUUGCUGGCUCAGUGACUCCAGGACCGGGCUAGUUGGGGGGGGAGGGGAGAUGUUCUUCAGAUUGUCUUACUAAGGACUGAUCAUGGUUUUGACCCAAGAUAGAAUUUAUCAAGUGUUUGAAGGAAUCAUGAGAAUCAGUGAUGAACAUGUAAUGGUGUCAGAUUGCAGGAGUGGUUAGACAGUAUUUCUCCAGUAGCAGCCACUCACUGGUCCACUCAUCAAAUGAAUCCAUCACUGCACUGUGCUGCUGAGACAGAAAGCAAAACACCUGCUGCUCUCCAAGACCUGCCCUGCAUCACAAUCAGUCAUUUCUCCCGACUUCCCUUCAUGGAUUUUAAAGAAAGGAUUGCUAUAAAUUUCACCGGUGCCCACUGAUCGAAAUAACAAAUUAUUGUGAUGCAGGGCUGGGUUUACCCCCUCUGUUGUAGUGUUUUCAGGUGUUCAUCUCUGUUCUACUUCUGUCAAUUUAAGAUGAUCACUUUGUUUUGCCCUUGACUUUUUACUGUUGGCUGUGUGGCUGGUUCUAAUAAGAAUCAGAGGGCGGUGUGUUGGAUUUUAAGGGAAUAGAGUUGAGUUGCUAUGAAGCAGAUCAUGUUUUUUGUUGUUGGGACUACAGCUUUUUCACACACAAAAUAGAUAUUUUUUAAUCAAUGCUUCAACAUUACAUUUUUCAAACUCAAUUUGAACUCUGUCACUGGUUAAAGAAGUGAGCUCUGCUUGUAAAAAAAGAAAAAAAAGAAGAGAUAUUGUAUUCACAUGAUUUCAAUGUAACUGCAUAAAACAACCUCAUAAGCCUUUAUAGACCACCACUUAAUCGGUAAAUGAGACAAGACACUCAACUACUAAGUGUAAUCAAUGUAUUUUCCAUGAGAACUGGAAAGGCUGAGAACCUUUACCAUUUAAGGUUUUGUUAGUCCCAAAUGCAAAAUAAUCCUCGCUAUGAAAUUAUACAUUAGAUAAAAUGCCUGUCUAUGCAUGUCAUUUAAUUUGUAGCGUAUACAUUUUUUAUUAUUAUAUCAUAGUCCUCAUGAAUUAUGUUUGCCCCCCCCCAAUCGCUGACAUGUACAUUCCAUUUAAUCCGGGCCUAUAGUACGGUCCUCUUGUUGGGGAUUUGUUAUAUGUAACAAUUGGUAUUGCCUCAAUUCAGGUGUUGUCUUGACCUACCAGUCUGGUUUCCCCGGACCAGAUUAAGCAAAGUCCUUGACUAAAAAGCCAUUUCAAUGAAAAUGUUGAUGCCUUCUUCAAAUCCAGAACUAGGUUUAUUAAUCUGUGUCAAGAAAACAAGGCAUUUAUUAUUAUUUUUUCUGAUUCUUGAUUUCAAAACCUAACAGGUGCACUUUAUCAAGAUGACAUGACAUUUCUGAUCAUAAGGGGAGAGAAUGUGAGAAUGAAUUGGUGGUUGCCACUGGCCUGUCAGUGGUCUGUUAAAUUGUACAGAUAAAUGUAUAAUAUUUUUGACCACUACAACUGUUUUGUACUUAAUGCAGUUAGCUUUUUUUGUAAUUGUGACAACUGAAAUAUUCGCCUCUGUUAAUCUUUUAUGCACAUUGUUUCAGUAUGCUCAGAUAUCUAGCCUGUUUCUUCCUUGCGAAAGGGAUGACGACUUUACAUAAAGGUCAUCAAAUAAGAA